AUGGGACAGAAUGCACGCACUCAAUCUGUUUCCGAGAUUCCAAUCACACUAACAGCGGAGGAGAUGGAGGCAGCUCAAAAUCGUUUCAAGAAAUUGGAUAAAGAUAACAAAGGACAUAUCACCUUAAAUGAUCUCAGACAUCAUUUUCGAAAACAUGGUGAAAAAAUUGACGAGAGCUUGCUUCAUGAGCUUUUGAAUGAAGUUGAUCUAAAUAAAAAUGGCGAAAUUGAACUGAAAGAGUUUUACCAGCUGUACAGCGGGCUGAAAGGAGGACAAAUUGCGCAAAACCGACUGGCUCGAUAUCUCGAUGAAUUUGAACCGACUCCUGUGUCAGUGUUGCGCUCCGGAGGCGGCGUUUAG